AGGAAGUGAUGCGGAGGAUCGGGCGGCGGUGAUCGGUCGGGAUGCCGGUGGCGGGCGGUGAUCGGAGUGGAGGAGGGGCCGGGUCCAGGGUCCCCUCCAUCCCCCGCUGCGGAGUGUCCAGCCCAUUCAGAGGACAUCUGAGCACCAAAAGCAACGCCUUCUGCAUCGGCCACAGCAGCCGGCUCAGCGACCAGUACCGGGUCCGGGACCACAUGCUCUCCCACUACAAUAAGAUCCUCACUGCCAAAGCCGCCGUCGAUUGCUCCGUUCCGAAGAGUAUGACCAAAAGCAUUAAAUACAAUGACCAGCAGAAAAGGGAGAGACUGAAGAUGGUGGUGACCCGCAUCGAGCGCGAUUCUGUGUCUUCCAGAGCCUCGUCCUCGCGCCCCAGCUCUCGGGAGAGCUUAGACUCCGCCUUACAGCAAAAGGAUCUCUAUGAAGGAUACGGUAACAACGCACACCGACCGUUUUCAUAUUCCGAUCCCGGGGCUUCGCCCGUUUCCUUCAUCUCCUCACCCCGACACUUCCAUUCCUCCGAGCACGCCGCAGACAUCAGGCGGAGGCACCCCCCCGACCUCUCCGGAGCGUCUACCAGGAUCGGCUCCGCCGGCUGGGGCGCCACCCUGCGCAAGUUCCAGGACAACCGCCAGAAAGCCUACAGCGGGGACCUGAUAGAGAAACACGCCCAUCACUUCACCAGCAAGCAGCGACCCUUCACGCCGCGGACGCUGAAGACGCCGGCUAAGUCCGCACUGGCGCAGAGCCGCUUUUACACCCCGCCUAGGAGGAAGAGGAGGGAGGUGAGCGAGGCCGAGGUCCAGACCGAUCUAAGCAGUUUUAGGGGCCGACAUGGAGAAGCGAACCCCCCACUAGAUGGAGAACAGGUUGAAGAUCCAGAAAAUUUCCUUCUGAGCGAAGAGGAAGAGGAUGACACCAACCGACACCGACGCUCCGCCUCCAGGAUGUCUUACAAUGAAUUUAAAUCCCCAUCCCCCACAAUGCAGAGGAUCCAAUCAGAAGAGGAAGAGUUGGCUUACUUGGAAUUCGUGGCUGAUGUGACCAAUGAAAUCUUGUCCCUGGGAUUGUUCUCGAACAGAAUUCUAGAUCGGGUGUUUGAACGUCACCUUGAAGAAAAUAGACAUCAUCUAGAUGAGAGAAAAAUGCGCCACCUGCUGGACAUUCUCAGGGCUGACUUGGACUCCAAGGACGAGAAGAAACUCGAUCUUUUUGUAGAUUACAACUUUAGCACCAGCAGAAAUUUUACAGAUCCCUUCGCCCUGCCUCAUGCAAUGAAGAAUCGCGGUUUACGUUCUCAAGACUUUUCUGUAGAGGACUACAAAUCUACAAACCUAAGAUACCUCGAUAGAAAGGAUGAUGGGCCCCAACUCAAUGACAAUGUUCAGACUGGCCUAGAUGAAGAAGACAACCCGGGUCCAAGCGGCUCCCUAACUUGCUUUGGAGAGGGAGAUUUGGACCACAACAAUGUACCAAGUGGUCAGGAGGACUUUGAAGCCACCCGACAGUCACCUGAAGCUGUUUUACUCCUUCCUGAGGAUGAGCGGGACACAUCUCAACAUAAAGGUGACUUCUUAUCCUCGCAGGAUGAUCACGAGGAGACGCCUUCUGAAGACAACACCCAGCUGACGGAAAAGAUGUCGCCGGAAGAUGAGGAUCUCCUAGAAGAUGGAAACCUGAGAAGCUUCUCCCAGAUGGGUCUGACCGAUCCUCCAGAGCUGGAACAUGACUUGAGGAUCGCCCACGAGCUUGAGGACCUGGAAGAGAGCUUCUCGAAAAUCAUUCAAGUGUCCAAAGCUGAAGAGUGUUCUGUGCAUGAGGAAGAAACGCAAAACGUUCCUUCCGACCGCGAGAACGCCAGUGAUGAGGAUGAUUUCUAAAAGGGAUUAUGUCAUAAAAUUGGUACAAUACAGUUAAAGGUAUGCAGUCA